AUGAAGUUUGGCAGGAAGAUCACGACAAAUCUUUAUGAUGAGUGGAGACCCUUCUACAUUGACUACAAUUUGUUGAAGCGGGAACUUAAGGCCCGUACCACCUCCCACACCUGGGACGAUAAAGAUGAACGUGAUUUCACCGCCAUGCUCAAAAGGGAGCUUGAUAAAGUUCAUGAUUUUCAGAAACAAAAGACCGCCGAGUUGUCUCGCCGUAUACGGGAGGCUGAAAAAGAUGUCCACAAACUCGUCGCUCAAGAAUCUGCGCAGUCUGCUUCUGAACCGUCCCCAACCCAUUCCUCCGACCCAGAAUCUCACCAGGCACGCCCUUCCGACUACGGACCCGAUGAGGGUUCCGAUGACGAUGAUGACAUGGAUGACAACCAAUCUGAUGCCUCACUUGAAGACAUUUUUCAUGGCCUCGAAGAAGAAGUCGCCACCCUUGUAGCAGAUGUUCACGACUUGGCACUGUACACAAAAUUGAAUAUCACCGGUUUCCUCAAAAUUCUAAAGAAACAUGAUAAAUUAACGAACCUUCCACUCAAACCUACGUUCAUUCAAGACUAUCUUGAGGAAAGACCCUUCUAUAAAUAUAACUGGGACGCCUUGAUUGUCAAGUUAUCCAAGCUCUACGACCUUGUCCGCACCCGCGGUCACCCUGUACAGGGUGAUUCAAGCGCAGGCGGGAACCAAAGUGCCUUCGUCCGUCAGACGACCAAGUAUUGGGUGCAUCCAGAUAACCUCGUACCGCUGAAACUGGCCAUUUUACGACAUCUACCCGUUCUCGUGUUCAAUGCCGAGAAGGAAUUCGAGCAGAAGGAUGCUGCCAUUACUUCCAUAUACUUCGACAAUGAAGAUCUUGAACUGUACCUCGGUCGACUAGAGAAGACAGAGGGUGCCGAAGCUAUUCGUCUACGGUGGUACGGCGACACAGAUGUGAAAACUAUUUUCGUCGAGCGUAAGACGCACAGAGAAGACUGGACGGGUGAAAAAUCCGUCAAGGCGCGUUUCCCCAUCAAAGAACAUCUCGUGAACGCUUUCCUGCGUGGAGAAUACACCAUGGACGCGGAGCUCCAAGCUCUAGCCGACAAAGGCAAGAAAACCCAAGCCGAAGUCGAUUCCAUGAUCCAGCUUGCGAGCGAGGUUCAGUAUCGUAUUCUUACGAAGCAGCUCCAACCGGUCAUGAGGACAUUUUACAACCGAACUGCGUUCCAGCUCCCAGGAGAUCCCCGUGUACGGAUAUCGCUUGAUACAGAACUCACGAUGGCUCGUGAAGACAACUGGGACAGUCGGUCGCGUGCUGGUGAUAACUGGCGACGGACUGACAUUGGCAUCGACCAUCCUUUUGACCAACUGCCAGCGGAGGACAAGGAGCUUUUCAAGUACGGUGUUUUAGAAGUCAAGCUUCAGACCCAGUUCGGACAAGAGCCUCCCAAGUGGGUCACGGACCUCGUUCAAUCCUACCUCGUCGAAGCUGUUCCCAAGUUUAGUAAAUUUAUCCAUGGUUGCGCUACCUUGCUGCCAAAUCGUGUAGAUCUUGUGCCAUUCUGGCUGCCCCAAAUGGAUACCGAUAUCCUUAAGCCUAACACGGGUUACCUCACUGUCGAGCGCCCCGCAAAGAGCACUCCCGAGCAACAGUCCGGCGUCCUCUCGCCCGUGCACUCAUAUGUUGAGCCCGUCUCAGAGGGCGAAGAAGAUGAGGAGAUGGAUUUGGCGCCUGCCAGAGAUGAAUUUCGGCGCAUGGGGUUACCCCACGAUGACGUCGCGGCAGCCAUCGCAUUCCGCGAGAAAUCUCUCAAGGAACGCGAUAUGUCUACGCCUCAGUUUAGCGAGGGCAGCAGUUCUCGUGAGGAGGUGUGCGAUGAGCGGACACCAUUGUUGAAGAUGCCACGGCCGCCGAUGGCAGAGAGGACCGUGUCGAUCGAUCCGCUUGCGCCUUCUUCUGCGUUUGAUGAGCGCCUGCGCGAGCGUUUGCAGGCGAAGAAGAAUGUGCCGCCUCGUGCGCAAGAGGAGGUGCGGGAGGCUGUUGGUUUGGAUGAGGAGAACUUGCGGGACGAUGAGCGAUUGUUGGUGAGAGACUGGACUGCGCCGUCUGGCAAGCGCAUUGCAGUUCCUGUUCGUGUAGAACCCAAGGUAUAUUUCGCAAACGAACGCACGUUCUUGAAAUGGCUCAGCUUUGCGGUGCUCAUCGGAUCCAUCGCUACGACGUUAUUAAACUUCGUAGAUGCAGAUGAUCCGCGAGGCCUGAUCAGCGCAGCGCUGUUCACCCUGGCUGCACUACUCGCCAUCGCCUACUCCGCCAUCAUCUUCGUGUACCGAGCCAUUCGUCUACGGGCGCGAUCGGCGGAAGGGCUGUACUAUGAUAAAUACGGCCCGACUAUUCUUUGCUUUGUAUUGUUGGCGGCGCUGGGUACCAAUAUUGGGUUAAGGGUGGCGGAGAUGUGA